CCUGAAAAUAUUUGCCUGUUGCAGGAGCCUGUGCUGUUCUCUGGCACACUGAAGAUGAACCUGGAUCCCUUUGAGAAGUACAGUGAUGAAGAGCUGUGGGCGGUUCUGGAACAUUCUCACCUCCAUAAGUUUGUGAGCAACCAGCCGGCCAAACUGGAGCUGGAGUGCUCCGAGGGAGGAGAGAACCUCAGUGUGGGCCAGAGGCAGCUGGUGUGUUUGGCUCGGGCUCUCCUGAGGAAGACGAGGAUCCUCGUCCUGGAUGAAGCUACAGCUGCUAUCGACCUGGAGACAGAUGACCUCAUCCAGUCCACCAUCAGGACUCAGUUUGAGGACUGCACCGUCUUCACCAUCGCUCACAGGCUCAACACAAUCAUGGAUUACACAAGAGUGCUGGUGUUGGACAAGGGACGGAUAGCAGAGUUUGACACUCCGACAAACCUCCUAUCACAGAAAGGAAUCUUUUAUGGCAUGGCUAAAGACGCAGGCCUGACGCAGUAGAACUGCCUUUCGUCCCAAUUUUUACAAACCAGGGUUGAGGAUGAGCUCAGUUCAGUGUGACUUUGCAUUUCAAACCUGGCAGUGGAGCUGAAGAGUACCUUUUAUUGUGAAUUUGGUAUUUCUUUUCAGGGCACUCACUGCUGGUUUUGAAUGAAGCCUCCUCUGCAGACUUGGAUCAAUUAGCCAUUGCAAACAGUUGUAGUGUUUUCUAAACCCGUAUCAGCAAAAUGUACAUAUUCUGUGAUUGUCUUAAGUUUCUUGCACUGAAUGUGUUGUUCUUUGUGGCAAAGAAAUGUCCAUUUGGCAUCUCAUAAGGAUAAACAAGCCAUAUGUGCAAGUACUAGUUGAUCCAAGCCUGCUGUUUAGUGCCUUCUGCUAGUGGGAUAAAGAAAGCCAGUGAAUGUAUACUUUUCUAAUCGGCUGACUGCUGCAAAACAAACAGCAACAGAAAAAGGAGGAACUUUUUAAUUUUUUUUUUUUUUUUCUACAGAUAAAAAUAUUGUGCCACUGUUACUUUCCUCAAAAGAAAAACAACACUCCUUUUGUGAUAAACCCACUUGUUUUUGUACUGUACCAUUAUUUAAGCUACUUUUUAAAGAAUUGUUUAAUCUUAGGGAAGUUUGCUCAGUUUAAUAUGUGAUUCUUUUGUGAACCAAAUCUAUUGAAACUUGAACUCUGUACUACCAAAAUAUGAAAGAUGAUAAAGCCUUUAUUAAAAAAAAUGGAAGAACAA